GUUGCGCAUCACACAAGCUAUCAAACACAGCGGAGAUACACAGCGAAGUGACAGAGAACAACGCUGGAUGGUACUUUAAUGAUAAAAUUAGUCCAUCGCUGAUCAAGGAGGGCAUCCCAGCAAAACAAUCCAGAGACAGGAUAUCUACUUCAUCCUCAGUGAGAGACAGAUCGGCUCUAUAUCUGUCAAGGGCAGCAACUAUAAACUCCACAGGAGGCUCAACACAACCAAAAUUUGUUGGUACUUCAGGAACUAGGGCUAAAAACAGCAAGAUGGCUGAUGCAGCCAGGAAAAUCACAGUUUCACAAUCUUCUCAUGAUGAAGAUGAACUGUCUCUUCCCCCACCUCCUCCCGUUCCACCUAGACCUCUAGACUAUGAAGGAGCUUCAGCAUUGAGUAACCUCCCUGUGCCUCCACCUAAAGAAACCUUCUCCACAUUCUACCAACAACGCCAGAAAAGUGAGCUGAAGAGGAUCUUUAAACACAUUCAUCCAGACCUAUUGGCAAGUCUUGAUGAUACUGUGGAUGAUGAAAUCAUAAAGGCAGCACAGUCAGAAACCACUGACCCAGAUGCAGCUUAUCAGUGUGAAGUGCAGUCUAUGAAAUGGAUCUUUGAGAACUGGACUCUGGACAAUAUUGGGGAUCCUCAUGCAACCAAGAAGCUGCUGGAUGAGGAGGAGUUAAAAGGUGGAGAUGUCAGAGGCACCUCCUCUAUGUUUGAGCACACUGACAGCACACAACAAAUGGCUGCUAAAAGACAGACCUCUGUCAGAGGGGAUGUGAGAACAUCAAUGUGGCUGUUUGAGACCCAGCCCUUAGAUUCUCUAAAUAAAUCAAAAACAGAAGAAGGUGAAUUGGUGGAAGCAGUGCUGAAAGAACCCAUCCAGCCAGGAAAUGUGAGAGGGACUCGACAUCUUUUUGAAUCUAGACCACUGAGUGAGUUGGGACGCUACAAUUCUGUAGAAGACUGUAGCUUCUUGAAACUAAGAUCUGAACUCCAGGAACAGAAAGGAGAUGCCCAGAAAACUGUGAAGCUCUUUGAGGCAGAACCUUUUUGUGCCAUCAAAGAUAACAGCGGUAAUAUCCAUGAGAUUAAAUCGAUCUGCAGGGAGGAGAUCAACAGCAGCGACUUCAACACUGCUCGUUGGCUUUUUGAAACCCAGCCUUUGGAUCUGAUUAAUAAGGGACAAGAUGGAGUGAAAAUUAUUCGGGGCAUAUCACUGGAAGAGGGACAUAGAGGAGGAGUUGAUCAAAAGAGGUGGAUGUUUGAAACUCAGUCAUUUGACACAAUAAAAGAGGUGGAGGGAGUGGACAAGUUUGAAGGAAUGCCAGCUGAAUGCAGAGAAGAGGCUAAUGUUGUCAACAAAAAGAAGCUCUUCGAGAUGCAACCCUUGGCUGCACUGAAAGGAGACUCGGAAGAAAGGUCUUUGGAAAAGGAAGAAAUAAUUGGGGGGGAUGUCAAGACUUCUCUGUGGCUGUUUGAAACUCAACCCAUGGAGAGUCUUGGUGAUGGCUAUGAAAUUGGCUGUCUCAAGAAAAUUACUCUUUCAGCUGACAAACAAGAAGAAAGAGGCAAAAAACAACAGCUAUUCAGAGAACAAGAGAUUGAAAAGGGUGACGUUAAGGGAUUCAAACAUCUUUUUGAAACGAUUCCUUUGAGCAAAAUUGCUCCUUCUGACGAGGAGAUCAUUGAGAAGAAAAACACUACUGCAGAAGGAAAUUUCAAAGAACUUCUUGAAUCUCAGUCUCUCAAUGACAUAGGAUCUGAAAUGGUUACAUCCUGUAAACGGAACCAAGAUGAACACAUUGAAAAAUGUUCAGUGCACAAAUUUACAUGGAUGUUUGAGAACUGUCCCCAUAACUUGAUCAGUAAGGAAAAGAAUGAUGCAAACACGCAAAUCAUCAGUGGUGUAGAGAGCGGUGAUGUCCAGAACAAAAAGUUCAUAUUUGAAACCUGUUCACUGGACAAAAUUCACGAUGAACCCCUUGAGCAGAUGUCGCUUUCUGUGGAACAGCCUGUGAGUAAUGUUGAUGUGAAAUCAAGCACCAUGAUGUUUGAGUCUCUGCCACUGUAUGCCAUCAGAGACAAGGAAGGAGUGUUUCAUGAGGUGACAACUGUGAAAAAAGAUGAAGUAUUGAGUGGUGACGUAAGAGGAGCAAGGUGGAUGUUCGAAACAAAACCUCUUGAUGCUAUCAAGGCAGAGAAUGAAGUUUAUGUGAUCAGAGCUGUCACCCAAGAAGACAUCAUAAAAGGAGAUGUUAAAUCAGCCAGGUGGAGGUUUGAGACACAACCUUUGGACUCUUUUACCAGCCAAGAUGAACCCUCUGUCAGGGUCACUGAAGACUUUGGCAGCAGUAAUGUGCAGCUCGGUAAACAGAUAUUUGAAUCUGAGCAACCAAGCACGAAGUUUGUCCGAAUGGUUAGUGUCACUGAUGUCCAGCAUGGUGAUGUCAGGACCUCCACCUGGCUCUUUGAAAAUCAAACCAUUGACAGUCUGAAAGGGGAGCCUCAGGAGCAAUGUCCAAUAAAAACAGUCCACAGGGAAGACAGCCAGAAAGGUGAUGUGAAACGCUGCACUUGGCUGUUUGAAUCUCAGCCACUGGACAAAAUCAAGGAGCCUGAGGACACCUCAAAGCAGGGUGUUGAGGAUGAGAUUCCAAAAGUUGAUGUAAAGUGCACUACCUGGCUCUUUGAGACCACUCCACUGGACAAAAUCACUGCCAACAAUGUUGAUGACACCCUGUCAUAUUUAUAUCAAAUGUCUUUUCUUCACUCAAGUGGCAUCAUAAUAGAAGCAAAUGAGAGUACAAAUGUCAGCAUGGCCAAAUACCUUCUUGAAAGCAACAAAGGUGUGCAAAUACACAAAGAAGAGGUUGUUGAAGGUAACAUCCAGAACAUUAUGUUACAACUCUUAUUUAAACCAACCCUAAAACCCCAAGUAACCCUUCUUAGAGAAGUGGAGAAGGGUAAAGUGGACACCACAGUAGUAGAACUCCCAGUCUAUCAGUCAACUACAACUAUCAACCUUGAGACAGAUCAAAGAAUACAAAAUAUUGUCCAGAUGAUUAUUGAAUUGCUUGUUAAAGGCAAGGAUCUGAAAAAAGGAAUCGUAAUGCAAGAGACUGCAGGUGGACAAGCAGAGAUGUCAGUUUAUUCUCUUAUCUGCAAUGAAACCAAAGCCGAGAGUAACCACAUAGAAAGGGGAGAUGUGAAGUCAACAAUUGGAAAUCUGAUAGCUACUGCCAACAGUCAGAGGACUGCAGCAGCAUAUAGAGUGGAUGAAAAUGAAAAGGGAAAUGUACACUUGUACAAAAGUUGCAUUGAGAAAGGUGAUCUGCAAUACCUGAAGAGUCUUCACGCUGAGACAUCAGGAGAUGAAGUUGAUCACAGCCUUCUGGCUAAGGAGCAGAUUGAAAUAGUUCAGGGGGACGUGAAGGAAGCAAAGAGAAGUCUCUGCCAGCAGAAGGAGCAAGUAGAGCGAACCAUUUCUGAUGUUUUGCCAGGGGAUGUCAAGAAUACCAAAAAAGUUUUUUCAUCAGAAUGCUCUGUCAGUGUCGAUAGCUGUAUUCCAAAGGAAGAAAUUGUCCCCGGGGAUGUCUUGGCAGCCAAACAACAACUUGCAGUAAAGCAACCUAUUAUGGUUGAAAAAGAAGAAAUUAUGGCUGGGGACAUCAAGGCAACAAUGCAGUCAUUAGAACGUGCAAAGCAACAAAGCACGUGUGUGGAGCGUGAGAUCAUUAAACCUGGAACCAUCUAUGACAUAGACAUGUCAGCCCAAGGUCCUGAUACAGAAGGAAGCCAAGCACAAAAGGAGAUUAUUUUAUCUGGAGAUGUAAAAGCAGCUAAAAGGUCACUUGAGAUGGCUAAGCAACAAAGCCUACCUGUGGAGCGUGAAGUCACUGUUCCUGGAAAAAUAUACAACCUGAAUGUCCCAACACAUGAGGAAAGCCCGAUGCAAUCUACAUGUUCAUCUUCUCCCAGAUGCCAGCAAGUCAGGACCUCCCCAAAGGUCAGUGAUGCAGUAAAAGAUCAGCAAAGCCAUGGUUCUUUUGAGGCUUGUCAACAAAGUGCUGUUAUAGUCAGUAACUCUGCACCAGAGUCACUGCCAUCUUUUGUAAAUUAUGAGUGUAAUGGCCAGUCAGCUAAAGAUGAGACAGAAGAAGUUACAAGAGGUGAUGUGAGGGCAGCUAUUAGAUCUCUGCAGAGUACAGCAACAGAGCAGAAGCUUCUAGAUAAAGAAGAUAUUGUAAGAGGAAAUGUUGAGUUAGCUCUGCAGUCUCUUGAGAAGUCUAGUGUAAAUGUAUCCAAAGGAGACUAUAAAGCAGCAAUGAUAUACAGAAGCUCAGGGAGGGGCAAGACUGUUCACAAACAAUGUGUUGUGUCUAUGCCUCCAUCUGACACAAAAUUAUCUCCUUCAAUUUCAGUAAACUGUGAAGGACAUCCUUCCAUUACAACACAGAACCCAACACCCAACCUUGUAACAAAUGGAAGAUCUAAAUCAUCCAUCUCUGAAACUCCACCUCCACUCCCUCAAAAAACAAGUGGGAAACCAUUGGAACAGAAGCCAGCUUUACCCCCAAAGCCACAAUGGAUGAAAUCAGUAGUUGUAGAAGAAUCAAGUAUUCCACUUUGUCCUGUUACUGAUGUUGCUUGCCCCGUUAAUGGAAAAUGUGCAGUGAUUCCUCUGAAACAAAGGAGACAGUUCCCUUUGCCUUCAACAAAUAAAGUACAAGAAAUCACAACACAUGGCAAAAUCAGUAAAGAGACCUUACAUGAAACAUACCACCAGAACUAUGUUGACGGAGCAGUGAAAGAUUCAAAUCAAACAAACAAAUGUCUGCCGAAGAAAAUGGCACCUUUUACAGGAAGCAAAUCAGAACACCAAGAAGCAUCAAACACCACUGAAGUGGAAAUGGAGAGAAAUGUAAUACAGAAAAUCAAUGCAGAUGAAGAGAUAAAAAUGUGCAUGAAGAAUUACUCAGAAGAUGGCAAACAUGAAAUGAACAUAAGCUUACAGACUGCCCUACAGAACUUCGAAAGAAAGGAAAGUGAGACUUUGGGCAGAAGAGCCCUUUUGUUGUCCAAGAAAGUAAAAGUAACAAAUGACACACUUGGUGACCAUAAACAGAUACAUACAACCGCUGCUCAGCAACGCAACCCAAAUCCUGAACUUCCCAAAAAACAGCACAAGACUGAAACAUUUGAGACCAACAAUGAAGUUGACACAUGCUAUACACAGCAAAAAGAUCUCAAUGAAAAGCAACAAAUGCCUCAGGAUAAAGUUGUGCUUAGAGAGAAGAAAGUAAAGGAGACUGAGGAUGAGCGACGACAGAGGCUGUCUGUGCACAAAGAGGAGAUCAUGAAGGGAAAUGUGAAGGCGGCCAUGGAAAUUUUUGAAAAUUUGAGAAAACGAGAUGAACUCAAAGAAAUUCUGACUCAAGUGCAAGAGAUAGAAGAAGAAGAAGAAACCAGCAGUGUAGAUGUUAAAUCCUUAAAGACGUUGUAUGAGAAUGUUCCUGCCUGGAUAGUUACACCAAGUAGAAAUGCUAAGCAAGGUGUAACAAAGGAAAAGAAAGUUGAGGUAGAGGCACAUGACAGUGAUCUAGAAAGCAUCUCCUCAGUUGAGACUGCAUUUGAAGAUCUGGAAAAGGCAAGUAAAGAAAUAAUGAAUCUGAAGGAACAAACCUUAGCAAAACUUCUUGAGAUUGAAGAGACGAUCAAAAAGGCUCUGUACUCUGUCUCCAAUCUGAAAUCUGAGGCUGACAUUGCAGGGCUGUCAGGACUAUUUGAUGAAUCUUUGAAAUCUGAGCAAAUCCUUCAACCUGCCAACAACAUCAAGAAAAUAAGCAUUGUGUCCAGCAAGGCCAAAUCAAGUCAAAUAAAAAAGACAACUGAUGUGAAUCUGCACACAGGUUCGGGUUCUCCUAAAAAUCAAGCAUCUAGACAAUUGCACAAUAAGCCACUCAUCAGACAGUCAUCUUCUCAGUCAUCCCCAUCAUUCAUCUCAAUUCACUCAGCUGCCAGGAAGCCUGCCGAACAACCAAAAUCACCCAUGUCAACAUUUAAACCAAAACCAGAGGGUAGUUCUCAAAGUGGCCAUGAUGCAAACAGAGAUCUGGGACAUGAGUCUACAGCCGAGUCUUCAAAAAACAGUCCCAGUCCUGCACAACGUUCAGUCAGUGUGCUUGAGGUGAAAACCAUUCCAGAACAACCUCCAGGAAUCAUUGGCACAAAGACUGUCAGUGAAACAUAUGAAGAGACCGAUGGCUUUGGCAAUGUGUUUGUCUCCUCUGUGAUGUCAACAUUUGUCACCAAACAAUCUGACAACAACUCAUCUACUCUGUUUGAAGUAGUUGGGAAUCCAGCCAGAUAUGAAGUCACAACAUCCCCAUUAAUGCGAAGAUCUGGCCGCUUUUUUGAAGAUAAAGUGCUGAGCAAUGCUAAGGAGGAAGGGACAGUGUUUGUAACAUUUAGCCAACCUAAGGAAAAGCACUAAACAUGUCAUCUUCUGUAUCGGACAUCUCCCAGUCCUCUAAUUUU